AUGACGACUGCGAGUGCAGACCGUUGCGCGGCUUUCGAAGGAGCACUUAGAAGUCUUCCAGACACAAAAAUUGUCCUUGAUAAUCAUACGUGGAGAGUUGAUUCGAGUCUCCUCGCGGAGAAGUCUCAGUGCUGGUCCGAUAUCAUAGAUUGCAAGGACUGGGAUGACGGCGACAAAACCAUAGUCCUAACAAAUGACGACCCCUAUAUCUUCGCCCGCCUCAUCCAGUACCUCUACUACGCCAAAUACCAAGCCAGAUCCGACAUCAACGUCAAGCGCGACACCAUCGCAAACCUCGAACUUGGCGGCGCCUCAGUCCUAAAAAUCAUCACCUCAGGCCGACGUCUCUACGCUCAAGAAAACAAUACCGAAGAAGUAAUUUUCCACCCUAAAUCCGACACCGCAUUCAUCAACAUCGAAGUCCACCUCCUAGCCGAAAAGUAUCGCAUGUCCACACUUGUCGAAAUGUCCGGUAGAGCAUUCGCCUGUCAAUCGAUCAAUUCAUGCAAGGACUUGGUGAAUGCGAUGAACGGGAAUUUUGGUAAAGCGACACCGGUGUUGAGGGAGAAUAUUGCUCGGUUUGUGGGGAGGUUGUUCAAGGAGGUGAUGGAGUGUAAGGAUGAGGCGGCGAAGACGGUGCAUGAGUGGUUGUGGGGAGAUAGGCAGUUUAGUAUGCUGGUGAUGAAGUCGAUGAGCGCGCAUAUCGAUCAGACGAAAAGGGAGGAGGAUGUCAUGAUGGUUGAGCCGCCGGUGAAGAAGGCGCGGAAGUGA